GAAAUUAAAAUCUCGUUGGUAGAAAAAUUACUAGAAAGGAGAUCUGAGUCUGACUACAACGAUCCCACGAAUCCAAUCGGAAAAGUUUGAAAAAGAUCGAAGAAGAAGAAGAAGAAGAAGAAGAAGAAGAAGAAGAUGUAUCGUCACUUUCCGGCGACGCUCUUACUUUCGGCUCUCUUUUUCUUUCUGGUACCGGAGCUAAGUCCGGUCUGUGAAGCCGUGUGGCUUACCAUUCCCAGGACCGGAACAAAGUGCGUCUCUGAGGAAAUCCAGAGCAAGGUCGUCGUUUUGGCUGAUUACCUCGUCAUCUCCGACGAGCAUUCCAUCUUCCCUACUGUCUCCGUUAAGGUUACAUCACCAUAUGGAAACGUUCUGCACCACAGCGACAACACAACGCAUGGUCAGUUUGCAUUUACAACCCAAGAAUCAGGAACCUACUUGGCGUGUUUUGAAGCCGUAGGAAACAGUCAUGGUAACAAAGAUAUUAGCAUGAACAUUGACUGGAAAACUGGAAUCGCGGCCAAGGAUUGGGACUCCAUUGCUAGAAAAGAGAAGAUCGAGGGUGUGGAGCUUGAGCUUAAGAAACUCGAAGGAGCAGUUGAGGCCAUCCAUGAAAAUCUACUUUACCUCAGAAACAGAGAAGCUGAUAUGAGGAUUGUGAGUGAGAAAACGAACUCGAGAGUCGCAUGGUACAGUAUAAUGUCGCUGGGCAUCUGCAUUGUGGUCUCUGGUUUACAGAUUUUGUACUUGAAGCAAUACUUCGAAAGGAAGAAGCUUAUUUAGAUCAGAGAGUGAUCCACGGAUACUAGAACAACUUUUUCCUCUUGCUUUAAUUUUUUUUUUUUUUUAACGCUCUGUUAUAGUGUAAAAUUUUGUUCACUCAUUUAACUUGUAAGUUUUCUUCGAGUAGACUACAUUAUAUAACUAGACUCCAAUAA